AUGGCAUCUGCUCUCACCGUCCUCUUCCUCGGGCGUGAAUUUCUCAAACCCACCAUCCGGGUGAGCCCCAGCAGGGUGGUGGCGCUCGGGGGAAGCGUCACCAUCCGCUGUGAGGGUCGGUACCCGGGCAUGGAGUUCAUUCUGCAUAAAGCUGGACACCCGAACCUGGAGGUGCAGUUGGUGCCUGAUGGGACCGUGGCUGAAUUUCCCAUCCCCAGUGUCAGCCGGGAAGAUGGAGGGAGCUACACCUGCGACUAUCGCUCCAUAACAGAACCACAUCGCUGGUCGUAUCCCAGCGACCCCGUCGAGAUCAUUGUAGCAGGAGCCGUGGCCGUUCGGUGUCGGGGGCAGCGCCGGGGCGUGCGGUUCGUGCUGAAUAAAGAGCAACGUCAUUUCCCACCUGUGGAUUCGGAUGGUUUGGGGGUUGAGUUUCCCAUCAGCAACGUGAACCGGGAGGACGGCGGGAGCUACAGCUGCUCCUAUCACAGCAGAUUGGAGCCGUUCGCCGUGUCGUACCCCAGCGACCACGUGGAGCUGGUGGUGAGAGCAGCCCCCCUGGGGCGCCCGGAUUUCACCAACACCAACAUCGCCCGCCUGGCGCUGGGCGCCGCGGUCCUGCUCGUCCUGGGGCUGAUCCUGGCCGAGGCCUGUUACAGCCGCCCGAGGGGGGCGCCCUAG